CCUCCUCCCCGCUGCUCAGUCUCCAGGUUGCUGUAGGUGGAGACGCUGUGAGCGGCGAGCCUGACUAUGCGCGCUACACGCUCAUUUGCUGAUUCAGCAUGGGGCGCCUACUGCGACUCUACCUGGGGGUUCUUUGCGACAGCAAACUAUACAGGAAAAAAACAAACAACACAAACGGAAUCUCCGAAGUGAUUCCUUCGCGUCCUUUGCCGUGAAUUUUGAAGUGUCUUUCCACCCGCGGCACUUUCACAGUGAGGGAUUAAGGGAAGAAGUGACAGAGGCGUCUGCAAACAGGUGUUUCCACUCACUGCGCUUCAUUCACCAGACCGGUUACUAUGCAUGUCUGCUGCUCUGUAGUUUCACUGGGGUAACGCGAACCCACUACCUGAACCUGGGUUUGGGCGUUUUUUAUUGUUAGAAAAAUGAGCCUUUUGGGAGAACAUGCAACGCGCUUUGGUGGAAUUAUUACAUCUUCUUUUGGACCUGCUUUUUUGUUUAUCAAACUUCCUCUUUUUCUCGGUGACACGCCGGACAAUUCCUAAAUAGCGCCUGGAUUCGUGGAAAAAUUAUCCUUUAGGAGGUGAUUCGAGCUAUUUGGCUUUACCUCCCCGGUGGGACUAUUCCAUUUCACUGUUUGGUGCACUUUGCGAAAUACUUACCUUAACCAUCAUCGAAGUUGCCUCAGACUUCUUCAGCGCUGCGCCUGGACGUCUUUCAUUCAGAAUCCACUUUUACGACUCCAUCCACUUUUCCCCGGAAGUUUUCUUCCCCAGACCGCUGCCAAACUGGCUAUGGCGGCGGCUAUCGCCAGCUCCCUCAUCAGGCAGAAGAGGCAGGCGAGGGAGCGGGAGAAGUCUAAUGUCUGCCGCUGCGUUAGCAGCCCCAGCAAAACCAAAGGAAGCUGUGAGAAACCCAACCGGCUCAAUGUCUUCUCACGGGUCAAACUCUUUGGUUCCAAGAAGAGACGAAGGAGACGACCAGAGCCCCAGCUGAAGGGGAUUGUUACGAAGCUGUACAGUCGACAAGGCUUCCACCUGCAGCUGCAGGCAGAUGGAACCAUCGAUGGAACAAAAGAGGAGGACAGUGGUUAUACCAUGUUCAACCUCAUUCCAGUGGGGCUGCGAGUGGUGGCAAUCCAAGGGGUGCAGACCAAACUCUAUCUAGCAAUGAACAGUGAGGGCUACCUGUACACAUCGGAACACUUCACAGCAGAGUGCAAAUUUAAGGAGUCUGUGUUUGAGAACUACUACGUGACAUACUCCUCCAUGAUAUACCGACAGCAGCAGUCAGGCAGGGGCUGGUACCUCGGUCUGAACAAAGAAGGAGAAAUCAUGAAGGGGAACCACGUUAAAAAGAACAAGCCAGCAGCCCACUUCCUUCCUAAACCUCUGAAAGUGGCUAUGUACAGGGAGCCGUCUCUCCAUGACUUGACAGAGUUCUCGCGCUCUGGCAGCGGCACGCCCACCAAGAGUCGGAGUGCCUCAGCUGUCCUCAACGGCGGCAAAGCCGUGAGCCAGAACGAGUCGACGUAGCCCGGUAGCCAAGCCCAGGCCUGGGGCCGAACCAUGAAACCUUACCUCUCACAGAGCGGGAAUCUAAGCAGAUUCCGAUCGGCGGUUCAGGACUAGCUACGACAAUAUUCCACACAUUAAAAACGCCCAGAUAUCAUCAGUAAAAAGCAUUCAUCAAAGCAGCACCUAGAAUAAGACACAUAACCUCGCAAAGAUCACUCUUGACAUACCCAAACAAUUAUUUCUUUUUUGCUAGGUUUUUAUUGAUUAUUGUCAACAUGUUCUUUCGGUAAAUGAGUUUACUCACCUUUAUCUAUGAUAUUGUCAUUUUUUUUUUUUCAAUCACUUUUUUAGGUCAUGCAAACACCAAUCACUUGUGCAUAUGUCACACAGGGACAGCAAGUUAGAUAUGCAGGUGUUCAGGGCAGCCAGUAAUGAUUCUUGUCCAUGAAGGCUGUGGUGGGACAAUGAAAGCCCUGAUCACCAUCUCAUCCAUGCUUCUGUGAAUACAAAGCCUAUAAACUCCCUGGCAUGGCUCAGCCUCGUCCUCCUGGCCAGCCGGAUGGUAGCUCUCCUGCGUCCUAAUGCACACGCUCAGAGACUGAGCUCCUUAGCAUGGGAAAAUGAAGCCUAUGUUCAACUGACCUGAGAUAUAAGGAGCAGUGUGGCUCUCUUGUUGUUUAUUUAUUUAUUUAUUUAUUUUAUGUUUUCUGUCUGAGAGAUGCCGCAGCUGUAUUUUUCUUUUGCUAAUUUUCUGAAUUAGCUAAGAGGCUUUUUUUUAAAAUUAACUGUUUUUUUUUUUUUGUUGGAAUCCCCUCUUGUUCUCUGCCCAUGUCAUUGUUUCAUGUUUGCGUUGUCCUUAGUUGUUAGGAUGGGUUUCAAUAAACCAAAGACAGAUUGAAAGAGUGUCCCUUUAAGCUGCUAAAAAAAAACAACAAGCCAACAUACAGUAGAGAUAAAGAUGGAUGUUUUUUUUUUCAUUCUACAGUUUUUGAUGAAGGGAAGCAACAUUUUUUGGAGGGAAAACAUAACUUGUUGGCAACCUGGCUUGAUGCUGUGCUUUUUCCUGAUAUGCUUAACGAUUGAAGAAUGGAAUGACUAUUUAGUGUUCCCAUUCCCUUCCGUUACCACUGUGUCACACUGUCUUUUGCUCUUGUCCUCGUGAUAUGUUUCUUCUCUUUGUGCUCGUGUCAUACUUCGGUCCCCCACCCCAGCCAUCCUUCUUUCUUUCUCCACUUCUGCUGACUGAUAAAUGUCACCAUAGGAGCAUGGUGGAUGCCCCUACCCUAUCCCAACUACCCAGGAUGCUUGUUAUGUGUUUGAGUAACUUAUUGUGGUGAUAUUUUCUAUUUAAAAAAAGGAAUACUGUGGACUUUUAGGUGGCUUAAUAUUUUAUAGGAAACGUCAAAUUUAUAAAACUGAAAAGCAAACAAAAGUACAAAAGCAAACUUCUUCCCUUUCUUGCACAGGGCAUGUACACAAAUAUGUACAAAAAGGACCCUUUUUGUGGGCUAUGUACUCUUUCCUUCAGCUACAUAACUUAUUUCUAGUACAUGCUUUUGGGAGACUUUUUUUCUUGAUUCCUUCUGGAGGUGGUUUGUAUUAGGUGAAUUUAUCUGUUGCAUGGGAGAAAGCAGGGGAAAUACUGGUCUAGAGCUGCAUGAUGUAGGCUAUAUGUAUUAACCCAUGUUGGAUCAUGUGUUCCACACUACCAGGCUAAAUCUGACAAAACAGCAUAUACAGACAGGCAGUGCGGCUGUCUGAUAACUUCCAGUUGUUUAUUAUUUGUUGUAUACACAAAAAUGCACUGAAUAAAAUGUUUAUAUUAAGAUAUACUUUUAAAA